UUUUGUCCACUCUGAGCUCCCGUAGCCGCCAUAUUGUUUUUCUGCCGUGUUGUUCAACUUUUCUUCAAGUGUUUUAUUCCUGUAAACUUCUCUCUUUUGGCCCAUGAAAAACAUCCUCCCAACUACAAGAUCCACCAACAGAAUGACCUUCACAUGUGACCAGUGUGGAAAAGUGUGGUCAGAAGCUUUCAAACUGAAAAGACACUACAGAACUCACACAGAGGAAAGACCGUACGAGUGUGACCAGUGUGGGACGAGAUUCAAACAAUCUAGUCAUCUCCAUCGACAUAUGAGAAUCCACACAGGGGUAAAACCGUACAGAUGUGAUGUUUGUGAGAAGACAUUUUUACACUCAAGCAACCUAAAAUCACAUAUGAGAGUCCACACUGGAGAGAAACUGUACGAGUGUGACCAGUGUGGGAAAAAAUUUAGAAUGUCUAGUCAUCUCUAUCAACAUAUGAGAGUCCACACAGGGGUAAAACCGUACAGAUGUGAUGUUUGUGAGAAGACAUUUUUACAGUCAAGCUCCCUAAAAUCACAUAUGAGAGUCCACACUGGAGAGAAACCAUACGAGUGUGACCAGUGUGGGACGAGAUUCAGACACUCUAGUGCUCUCCAUAUACAUAUGAGAAUCCACACAGGAGAGAAACCGUAUGAGUGUGACCAGUGUGGGAUCCAAUUUAGAGACUCUGGUGGUCUCCAUAAACAUAUGAGAGUCCACACAGGGGUAAAACCGUACAGAUGUGAUGUUUGUGAGAAGACAUUUUCACAGUCAAGUUCCCUAGAAUCACAUAUGAGAGUCCACACUGGAGAGAAACCAUACGAGUGUGACCAGUGUGGGAUCAAAUUCAAACACUCUUGUGCUCUCCAUAGACAUAUGAGAGUCCACACUGGAGAGAAACCGUACAGAUGUGACCAGUGUGGGAAAACUUUCUCUCGAUCUUCCAGUCUCAAUAGACACAUGAGAGUUCACUUCAGGCACAGACUAUACGAGUGUGAGAAGUGUGAAAAGUUCUUCAGAACAUCCCAGGGACUGUCCAGUCACUACCGAACGCACACAGGAGACGAACCAGACGACUGUGAAGAAAGAGGGAAGGAUUUGGGGUCUGUGGGGAAAGGAGAAAGAGCUGCUGAGGCUGGAUCAAGUGAGCCUAGAGUCAGACUCAAGAAGCUGGAGAUCAGGCUUCAGAGACUCCAGACUGUGGAGUUGGCCGAUGUGUAGUGUCAACAAUUACAAGUGUUAAAUCCAUGUUUGUUCAUCUGUUCUUUGUCGUUUUGUGUUUAACUUUGUUUUCUUUGAGUGCACUUCCCUGUUCCUGAAAUUGCAUUUUGUUUUCUGCUGUGAUGAAAAAAGUUAAUUACAAUAUUAGAAUUAUAAAAUAAAAUCUGUUUUUUAGA